UUAUGUUUGCCGUUGAACAACGGCUUAUGUUGAUAACUGAGUUUAGAAGAAAGAAUAAGCUAAACGUGGACAACUCGCGCGAUUUCUCCCAAACUAAACAACCUACAUGAGUUCUUAAAAAAAACCUACUUAACUUAAAUAUUUAAUUUUAGCAUUAAAAUGAGUCUCGCAAUGCAGGAGAAAAUCGAUCCCAAGCAUCUGGAAAAGAAGCCUGAAAAACAAAAGGACACUGAAGCCUCAGAAGUCGAUGAUCGAGAGCAUGCCACAUCGUACUUUGAAACAGCUUCUCACCUUUUCAAGGGCAGCGUUGGAGCUGGUCUCUUUGCAAUGGGUGAUGCAUUUAAAAAUGGUGGUCUGAUUGGAGCAACGAUCCUCUUACCUGCAAUUGCUAUAAUAUGUGUACAUUGCGAGCACAUGCUCAUCAGAGCCUCAAAACGAGCCGUUUUGGCUACAAAAGGUGCUACAUUUUUCGACUACCCUGAUACAGUGGAGAAAACCUUUGAAUUGGGUCCGAAAAGAUUCCGUUUUGCGUCGAAAUUUAUGCGACUCGUCGUAGAGAUGUUCCUUUGUGUCACACAAUUUGGAUUCUGCUCAAUCUACUUUGUGUUUAUUGCUGAGAAUCUAGUGCAGGUUUUCGAGCAAAAUAAAAUCGGCUUGGAUUUUAAUAUUUCAAUGACAAUAGCUCUAGCUGCCGUUCUAAUACCCUCGCUUUUAACCAACCUCAAGUACUUGGCUCCAAUAUCGAUGUUAGGAAGUAUCUCAUUGAUCUUUGGUAUCACAGCUACUCUUAUAUUUGCUAUGAUCGAUGGACUUCCAGCACCAAAUGAACGUAAUUUAGUGACAGAUGGUGGAAAAAUGUCACUCUUUUUUGGAACAGCGAUAUUUUCGUACGAAGGCGUUGCGCUUAUAUUACCUUUGCGCAAUGCUAUGAAAAAACCAGAUGGCUUCAAUAGCCGAUUUGGAGUAUUAAAUAUAACGUUGGUUUUGAUUACAGCGCUUUUUGUUUUUACCGGAUUUGUGGGCUACUUGAAAUGGGGUGAAGAUGUUCAGGGCAGUUUAACUUUAAACUUGGAUGUAACUGAUUGGAAAUCACAAGUCGUUAAAAUCGUUGCAGCUUUGGGAGUAUUUUUUGGAUAUCCACUACAAUUUUACAUUUUGAUACAAAUAGUGUGGCCUGGAAUGCAGGAGUCCAUGAAUUGCAAUAAACGACCAUUAAUGGGAGAACUCUUCUUUAGAACUAUUAUGAUUUUAUUGACAUUUGCCGUUGCUUUGGUUGUUCCUGAGCUAGGACUUUUCAUAUCACUUAUUGGAGCUCUAUGUUCCACCUCAUUGUCAUUAUUAAUCCCUGUGAUGGUUGAUUUUAUUCAUCGAUCCGGAGAAAGCAAAUCAAUCGGAGCAGGAUUGUACAUAAAGAAUAUUAUAAUUUUAAUUGUCGCUGCUCUAGGAAUCGGAACUGGAACCUAUCAAAGCAUAACGGAAAUCAUAAAAGAAUUCAAAUUGUGAUAUGUUUUUCAUACAUAUUCUAAAAAUUUUACCCACUGUUUACUUUGUAUAUUUAUAACAUAUUUAUGUAAGAAAAAAAAAUUGUUAUUAAUUUGUAUUUUAUUGUAAGAUAUUUAACUGUUAGUUAUUUUUUUUGUUUUUGUAAAUAUGUAUAUUGUAUAAUGCUUGAUGAGAAUUAUUUUUCUAUAAAUUAUAUUCAAAUUUUUUGGCUGGUCUUAAGUAUAAGCUGAAUAAAUUGAAAUUCGUGACAUAAGAA